AUGACCUCCAAGGCCAAGAAGCGGGUCGUGCUGCCCACACGCCCCGACCCCCCCAGCACGGAGCAGAUUCUCGAAGAUGUCUUCGUCCUCCUGGCCGAGCCCAGCGAAGAUUUGCCCUCCCCAACCAAGAACGAAGACCCCGAGGCCAAGCACGAGCGCCUCUACCGGCUGACCCAGUCGUACGUGGAGAUGAACCACCGCCUCCAGGUGGCCUGCAGCCUGCUCAAGGAGAAGUGUGAGGAGCUCAAGUUGGCCGGAGCCACCCUCGAGCAGGGCAUCUUGGAGAUGAAGCAGAGAGCCUUGUGA